AUGAUACCACUACACAGCGCUCGUUCUCCGUUUCCCGUUAAGCUCAAUUGUAGGCAGAGCUCAGGAGCGUACGGUGCUGAAACCGAGGCUGUAACGUCAUGCUCGACUCUAAACCUCACCCACCCUCUCAGAGGCAAGCAGCUCUUUCACAGGCGCAGACGGACUGACUGGCUGGAGCUGGAGCGGAUUGCUACUGUUCAGUUUGUCCAAGGGAUCUUUGUGGAAAAGUAUGACCCCACAAUAGAAGACUCGUACAGAAAGCAAGUGGAGGUGGAUGGACAGCAGUGUAUGUUGGAAAUUCUGGAUACUGCCGGCACGGAACAAUUCACAGCCAUGAGGGACCUGUACAUGAAGAACGGCCAGGGCUUUGCACUAGUAUACUCCAUAACAGCACAGUCCACCUUCAACGACCUGCAGGACUUGAGAGAACAAAUUCUGCGGGUCAAAGACACGGAUGAUGUGCCAAUGAUCCUGGUGGGUAAUAAGUGUGAUCUGGAAGACGAGAGGGUGGUCGGGAAGGAACAAUCGAUGAUCCUGGUGGGUAAUAAGUGUGAUCUGGAAGACGAGAGGGUGGUCGGGAAGGAACAAGGCCAGAAUCUCGCCCGUCAGUGGAACAGCUGUGCUUUCCUGGAGUCCUCUGCAAAGUCCAAGAUUAACGUCAAUGAGUCACACAUUAGCAAAGCAGGCAGUCAGCUGCAACGCUCGGACACAGAGCGUCCUUUUGUGAGCAACACGACUCUGCCUACAUGA